AUGGCUCCGCCUCACAGCCUCCCCCUUCACUCCUCACGCUUCUCCAUCCGCGCAGCCACGCGCCUCUCCGCGGCGUUAUCCGCCGCGUGCUGCGUGCUGCUUCUCGCCUCCGCAGCCUCCGGCGCCGCCCCCGCGUCGUCCCUACUACCGUCCGCCCGGCACGCACUUUCCCCUCUUCACCAGUCGGCAUCACGGGACGAUGAGUCAUCAUCGUCAAAUUACGGCUCGUCCGCCUUCCCUAGUACCGCCUGGUCGCUGCUACACUCGUUUCUCGAUUUCGACAACUCAGACAAUCUUGGCGGCGACUCCGGGGACUCGUCGCGACUAGAACAGCCGCAAGCGGCGCGCUCCCCGCCGCAUCGCCUGCUCGUCGCACAACAACAGCCCAGCGUCGCCGCUACCGCAGCUGGCGUCGCGACGAGUGCUCACGUCAACAAGCCUCCGCCGCCGCCGCCUGCGCCGCCACUGCGCGAGGUGGAGCUCGACCCGUGCGCGCUGCAGGCGCUGCUGCCGCAGCUCUUUCCGCCCGCCCUCCUCGACCCCGCCUGCUUCAACCACCUCUCGCUGCACUCCGCGCAGCCCUCCUCCCCGCUCGACUCCCACCCGCUCGACUCUCCCCGGCACGGCGGUGCGUCCACGUCUCCGUUGAGCGACAGCGGCAGCGGCGGUGGCGGGGGGGACGAGCCUGAGACGGCGACGCGGGGCGAUCUGCUGGACGUGGCGCGCAACAAGUGGCGCGCCAGCACCGUGUGGGCGCCGCUGGAGGCGGAAGGCAGCGCGGAAGGCGCGGGAGGCGCGGGGGGAACGGGGGGAGCGGGGGUAGCGAGGGUAGCGGGGGUAAUGGGGGGAGCGGGGUUAGCGGGCGGAGCGGGGGUAACGGGGGGACCAGGAAGAGUGGAGCCGGCUGCGGCGGCGGCGUCGACUCUCACCCCCCCGAAUGAAGUGAUCACUGUGUGCCGCUCCGCUGGCCCAGCCAGCAUCACCAUCAGUCCGGAUCUCAGUGGGCAGACCUGGAGAGGCUGGGGCACGUCUUUGGCAUGGACUGCCAACUACAUUGGCAAGCUGCCAGACGAUCAGCUCACCACGCUGCUGGACCUGCUCUUCUCACCGUCCACGGGAAUCGGGUUCAACCUCGCGCGCUACCUGCUGGGCGCCAGCUUCAACGCCACCAACAGCCCGCAGCUCACCAAAGACACCUUUCACCAGGUCAACCUCCCCGGCUACAAGCCGACAGAGGCCGGCCCGUACGACUGGGCGGCGGACUGGCGGCAGCGGAAGGUGCUGAAAGGAGCGAUGGAGCGCGGGUUGGAUGAGGUGGAGGCGAUUGCGUACUCGGCGCCGUGGUGGAUGACCAUCAGUGGGGAUACCGCGGGGAAUGUGGGCGGAGCGUCGAACCUCCGGCCCGAUAUGUACGGCGCGUUUGCCGAGUAUUUGGCGACCAUAACGGACCAUCUCCAGCGGGAGUGGAACGUGACGUUCAGCACGAUGAAUCCGGCGAAUGAGCCGCUGGAGGGGUGGUGGACGCAGGGGGGGAAGCACGAGGGGUGCAGCUUCACGGCUGCUGAGCUGGAGCGCCUUUGCAAGGUCGUAGCGGCUGCACUGAAGCGGAGGAAGCUUCCCACGCAAGUCGCAGGCCUCGGCGUGGAUUUACUGGCAGGCGAUUGCCCCGACCCUUCCUUCCAACCCUAA